AUGUAUACAGGAUACGGACUGCCCUGCAGGUGCCUUUUGUAAGAACGAAUAUUGUUUAUGUGCCCAAGGACUGUGCAAUUCCAAGCACUUAACAAACUGUGAGGACCUGGUAAAGCUGGAUGAGCACUGCGCAGCAUUCUGUCCUAAAUUAGGAAGCCGAUUUCCUUGUAUCUGUGGCCCCGGAUCAAUAAAUGCACAAGAUGAUGCAGGACUUAACAUUUGUAAAGAUAAAUGCGCAAAUGAUAUGGAUUGCCCUGUGGGUGCGACUUGCCGAGGCAACAAUUGUUAUUGCAAAGAUGAUUUGUGUAAUUCCAAAAUGUCAUCACAGUGCAUCAAACUGCUUAAACUAGAUGAAAAAUGCAUAGAUUUCACUAUCACCACUCUACAGCCAACAGAGAAACCCUCAUUGGUCACAAGCAAACCAACAACACAGUCAGGCCUAACCCUCACAUCUGUGCAAACAGCACAAACAACACCAAGAGUAAAGAUGAAUACACCAGUCCUUACAUCAAGGUCAUCAACUUUACAUGUCACUUCUCAAAAACACUCAACGUCCCCACAGCAGCCACAGACAACACAGACAGGCCUAACCCUCACAUCUGUGCAAACAGCACAAACACCAAGAGUAGAGAUGAAUACAGCAGUCCUUACAUCAAGGUCAUCAACUUUACAUGUCACUUCUCAAAAACACUCAACUUCCCCACAGCAACCACAGACAACACAGACAGAUUACAAGGGAUGCCAUUCAGAAUAUAGCAAGGCGCUAGAGGAAUGUAAGAAGUCCAUGAAUCAGGAUGCAUUUUGCAAUUUGUUGAGACAAAAUGCCCGUAUUCAAGAAACUUCAUGUCAAAGAAAUGACACCAACAUUACUGUGCAGCAAGUUGCUGAAGAGUUCACAGAAAUUCUUAACCACACGAUCUUGAACAAUAUAACUGCUUCUGAGCUACGUUCAGCUGUCUCUUCCAUAGUGGAGACUGUGGAGACCUCACUGUUGGUAACGUUCUCAAAACACCCUAAGAAUCAAAAUAUCAGUACGACCGAGCUGGAAGUUCACAUGAAGGUUGCCAUAGACAUAUGUAGUGGAGGAGAAACUUCCAUAACCUUAACUGUGCUGGAGGACACCAUGCAGGUCCCUUGUACACAUGUGAGCGGAGAUAGGGAUGGAGCAAUCUUCAUUUCCUAUAAAGGAUUGGAAUCUAAGUUGAACGCCAGCCUUCUUGGGGCAUUAGGAGAAAGUGACAAUGAAGAUAGAGUGGAGAUCAAUUCCCCCAUUAUAAGUGGAGCCAUCACUAGUCCCAAUACAGCAUACCUGGAACCCCCGGUGGUCUUCUACCUGAAACAACUAAAGGUUGUUCCACCUUCUUUUAUUUUACAAUGUGUGUUCCUGGACACGGAGCUGAAGACUUGGUCAAGCCGAGGAUGUGAGACAAAGAAGUCUGACAGAGUGAACAACACUCUAUGUGUCUGCAACCACCUGUCCACCUUUGCUGUCCUUAUGGCACCCGGUGACAUCCAGGAGGAUUAUGGCUUAGUUCUGAUCUCUCGCAUUGGCCUGAGUGUGUCUCUUGUCUGUCUCUGCCUAUCAUUCCUCACAUUAAUCCUUUGUCGGUCUAUAAAGAGUGCUCACACCUCCUUCCUGACAGCUCUGUGCGGGUGUCUCUUCCUUGGACAACUUCUUGCUUUGUUUGGCUUGCAGCAGACUGGGAAUCAGAUCCUUUGUGCAGUGAUUGCGGGUCUGCUCCAGUUCGCCUUCCUCUGUGCCUUCUGCUGGAUGUCUCUGGAGAGCGCUCUACUCUUCAUGACAGUCCGAAACCUGCAGGCCAUGAAUUACAUGACAUCUCAGCGGCAACUUUUCCCAUACGUUUGUAUAGCUGGAUUUGGAAUUCCUGUCAUCAUCAUUAUUAUCUCUGCAGCAAUGCGACCCGGUUCAUAUGGAACAGAAAAUUAUUGUUGGCUUAAAAAAGAUCUCAUCUGGAGUUUCCUUGGUCCAGUUUGUGUGUGUAUCACUAUAAAUGUCAUCCUCUUGGUUCUUACAUUUGUGCUCCUUAAGAAGAAGCUGGCAUCUCUCAAUAAAAAUGUUUCAACUUUAAAACACACCCGUCUUCUGACAUUUAAGGCUUUGUCCCAACUGUUCAUAUUGGGCUGUACCUGGAUUAUUGGGAUUUUCCAGUUUGGGUCGGGCUCCCUGGUCAUAUCCUACAUCUUCACCAUCUGCAACAGCCUCCAGGGAUUGUACAUCUUCUGUGUACACUGCCUGCUCAACCACCAGGUAAGGGAAGAAUAUAGAAGAGUAUUCCGAAGAUUCCAGUCCAAGAAGUCAGACUCAGAAGCCACGUCUGGCAGUACGAUGCCCAUGACUGUAAAGUCUAGUCUAGCCUCGGAGGUAUCAAAUCAGGAUGUGAAAUCAGAGCGGGUUGUGGAAAAUCAGUAUGAGCCAUGAGGAAAUGUUUUUGCUAAAUCUCAAAAUGAAUCACUGUAAAUGAAAAGACUGAGAACUUUGUAAAUUACAAGAACAUUUGGACAUAAUAUAUGAUGGAAUAGGGAAAGAAGGACCGGCAACAAUUCUUUACACGGAUCAAAACACAACUGCAUGUAAAAGACAAAAAACUGUUUUAUAUACAACAAUCCUCUAAGUGCUGGAUAAGAACCAUAUAAGAAUUUUAUAUUUUCUAAUCAACCUCAUUUCCAUAACACUGCUACCUGUAUACAUUAUUUUUAAAACUUUUUAGAUACAAAAAUAAUCAGCUGGAUGUGAAUAAAGUUAUUAUUGUAUGUCUAUUUUAAAAGAAAAAAAACAUUUGUAUAAUUUUUGUAAUAAAAUAUAUACUUUGGGACAGCCAUAUUUUACAUAUUUAGGUCUACAUAAUAAUUGAAAUUAUUUACAAUUCCUUAUUACAAAGCGGAAGUGUUUGGAGUUGAUUUACUUGUAUAAUAUAGCAUGUUCCCUUUGCAGAGUGAGUUUUCACUUAGCUUGGUGAAUGCCCAAGUAAAACUGUGUUCACUGUGUCACUUUUUUUAUUGGCUUUUCCAACAAAGUUAAUUAUCU